AUGUCACGUAUUUAUGAUCUUAUUGUUAAACAUAUAAAAACAUCCAAAGACUGUUCAAAAAUGGUUCCUGUUAUUAUCCUAAAUUAUAUUUCCUUAUCAAAUUUUAAAUUGGACGAGAAAGCAAAAAAUGUUGAAGUUGAGCAAUCCCAUGGGUUAAAAUAUACAAAAUACAUAAUUGCCAAUAAACACAAUUCAACAGUGAAAUUUUCCUUUUGCAAUUGA